AUGGAAGAGCACUCAGUAGGACCUUUAGUCCCUGCAGUAGUGAAACCAGAACCUUCCAAAAACUUUUCCACCGACACCACCGCCGCCGGCGAAGGUUUUCCGGUCCCCACCAUGUCUGAGCUAGAUAAGGACUUUCUCUGCCCGAUUUGCAUGCAGAUCAUCAAAGACGCCUUUCUCACCGCUUGUGGCCAUAGCUUCUGCUAUAUGUGUAUCAUUACUCAUCUCCGGAACAAAAGCGAUUGUCCUUGCUGUGGCCAUUACCUCACCAACAGUAACUUGUUCCCGAACUUCUUGCUCGAUAAGCUACUAAAAAAGACAUCAGAUCGUCAAAUAUCAAAGACGGCUUCUCCUGUGGAGCAUUUCCGGCAGGCAGUACAAAAGGGCUGCGAAGUGACGAUGAAGGAGCUCGACACCCUUUUGUUACUCCUUACAGAGAAAAAAAGAAAAAUGGAACAAGAAGAAGCUGAGAGAAAUAUGCAAAUAUUGUUAGAUUUCUUGCAUUGCUUACGCAAGCAGAAAGUUGAUGAGUUGAAGGAGGUGCAAACUGAUCUCCAGUUCAUAAAGGAGGACAUUGGUGCUGUCGAGAAACAUAGAAUGGAUUUGUAUCGUGCUCGGGACAGGUACUCUGUGAAAUUGCGGAUGCUUGAUGAUUCUGGUGGAAGAAAAUCACGGCAUUCAUCAAUUGACUUGAAUAGCAGUGGUCUCGCAUCUAGUCCUUUAAAUCUUCGAGGAGGGUUGUCUUCAGGGAGCCAUACUAAGAAAAAUGAUGGAAAGUCACAAAUCAGCUCUCAUGGGCAUGGAAUCCAGAGAAGAGAUCCCAUCAGUGGGUCAGAUUCACAGUAUAUAAAUCAAUCGGGUCUUGCUCUAGUUAGAAAGAAGAGGGUGCAUACACAGUUCAAUGACCUACAAGAAUGUUAUCUACAAAAACGACGGCAAGCAGCAGAUAAGCCACAUGGCCAACAGGAAAGGGAUACAAAUUUCAUAAGUCGAGAAGGUUAUAGUUGUGGUCUUGAUGAUUUUCAGUCAGUCUUGACAACUUUCACACGCUACAGUCGAUUGAGAGUCAUUGCAGAAAUAAGACACGGGGAUAUAUUUCAUUCAGCCAACAUUGUUUCAAGUAUAGAGUUUGACCGUGAUGAUGAUUUGUUUGCUACUGCUGGAGUUUCUCGACGUAUCAAAGUUUUUGAUUUUUCUGCGGUCGUGAAUGAACCCACAGAUGCUCAUUGUCCUGUUGUGGAGAUGACUACACGUUCAAAACUUAGUUGCUUGAGUUGGAACAAAUAUGCUAAGAACCAAAUAGCUAGUAGUGAUUAUGAAGGAAUCGUAACUGUUUGGGAUGUGACCACUCGAAAGAGUUUAAUGGAAUACGAAGAGCAUGAAAAGCGUGCAUGGAGUGUUGAUUUUUCAAGAACGGAUCCCUCUAUGCUUGUAUCUGGUAGUGAUGAUUGUAAGGUAAAAGUCUGGUGUACAAAUCAGGAGGCCAGUGUUAUAAAUAUAGACAUGAAAGCAAACAUAUGCUGCGUGAAGUAUAAUCCUGGAUCUGGGAAUUACAUUGCAGUUGGGUCAGCAGACCAUCAUAUCCAUUAUUAUGAUUUGAGAAAUAUUAGCCGGCCAGUCCAUGUUUUCACUGGGCACAAGAAAGCUGUUUCAUACGUGAAAUUUUUGUCCAACGAUGAACUUGCAUCGGCAUCAACAGAUAGUACACUGCGGUUAUGGGAUGUGAAGCAAAACUUACCAGUUCGAACUUUCAGAGGCCACGCAAAUGAGAAAAACUUUGUUGGCCUUACAGUAAGCAGCGAAUACAUUGCAUGCGGCAGCGAAACAAAUGAAGUAUUUGUCUACCACAAGGAAAUUUCGAAGCCUCUGACAUGGCAUAGAUUUGGUACCCUAGACAUGGAAGACGCGGAGGAUGAGGCGGGAUCUUACUUCAUCAGUGCUGUAUGCUGGAAGAGUGAUCGCCCCACCAUACUAACUGCAAACAGUCAAGGCACCAUCAAAGUGCUGGUGCUUGCUGCUUAA